AUGGUGCCGAUUAUCUCGAGAGAGCUAAGCAUAACACAUCUCUUCUUCGCCGACGAUAGCCUUAUCUUCUUCAAGGUAGAACGUGCUGAGGCUGUGGCAAUCAAGAGUAUUCUAAGGCAAUAUGAACAAGCUUCUGGGCAGCGAAUAAACCUUGACAAAUCGUCUGCUUCGUUCAGCCCUAAUACUAGCAGGCGUGCUCAGGAGGAGGUUAUUAAUACCCUGGCAGUUCGCAUGGGUGAUGGAAUUCAGAAAUACCUCGGUCUACCUGCCUUUUCGUUGCGCCAAAAGAGAUUGCAAUUUGGCUACAUUGUGGAGAGAGUGCAGAAAAAACUUCUAACAUGGAAUCAAAGAGAGUUUUCGGGGGGCGGGAAUGAAGUUUUGAUCAAGGCGGUUAUACAAGCAAUGCCUACAUAUGUUAUGCAGUUUUUCGAUUGCUGGACUCGAUAUGUGAGGAUAUUAACCGCUUGUGUGUUGGGUUUUGGUGGGGGGAUAAGGAAGAGAAACGCCGACUCCAUUGGCGUAGGGUUUUCAAGGGCGCUGUAUUUUCGUGAGGGUGACGUUAUGCAAGCACAAGUUCGGUCUAGUGCUUCUUAUGUUUGGAGAUCUCUCUUGUGGAGUAGGCACCUAGUGGAACGGGGCAAGUAUUGGAAAGUUGGUGACGGGAAGAACAUUAGAAUCUUUCAAGACUCUUGGCUAAAGAGUGAGAAUCCGGGGAGACUGAUCACACCAGAACCGAGUAGUUUAUCCCCCCUGGUUUGGGUGGCUGAGCUGAUUAAUGCGCAAGGGAGCUGGGACAAAAACAUUAUUGAUGGGUUGUUCUUGCUACCGGAUAUCAGCCGGAUCUUUAAUACACCGAUUGCAGAGCCUGAGCGCGAUGAUGAAGUUGCUUGGAAGUUUGAUCCGCGCAGGGAUUACUCGGUAAAGUCUGCUUACCUGCUUGCUUUAGGGUUCUAUGAUGAGCAUGCUUCCUCGAGCUCACGAGAUAUGAAAUGGUGGAGUCGGAUGCACAUGUUGAGGAGAGCUAAAGGUCUGCAUAUUAGACAUAUUGCUUGGGCAGUGAGGGAGGAGUUCUCGAUGGAGGAUUAUGAGCUUUGGGCGGUCAUGCUAUGGCAUAUAUGGGUUGAGGCGUGCAAACUAAGCCAUGACAAUACAGAGCGGUAG